GAGUUGUAAACUUGUAAACAUCGAACAAUAAAAAACCGCGAACGGCCAAGUAGAUGAUAACUGCUGUUGUCUCAUUGUCUGUACGUCAUGAACAUUGUAUUUUUUUUCGUGAUCUAGUUAUUUAAUUUUAAUUUUUAAUAUUUCAUUUGACAAUGGUUAAAUGUAUAAUCGUUGGUUGUACAUCUGGGUACAAAAGUAACAUUGAAAAAGUGCACCAAUUUGGUGCUCCUAAAGAUUCUAAGUUACGAAGUGAAUGCAAAGGUGUAUUCCUAGAAAAGAUUUUGUACUUAAAGAUAAUUCAUAUGUAUGUGAAAAACAUUUCAAGGAAGAAGAUAUCAUAAAGUAUUGGGAAUCUAGUUCAAUAAAGGUAUUUAUAAAAGUUUAGCUGUAAAUUCAUAAAAUUUGACCUAUUGGGGCCUAAAAGACUAUGGUGGUAAAAUAGAAAAUAAAAAUUGUCACAAAGAAUAUGCUGACCAUGCCCUAGUCUUUAUGUGGCAAUCUUUGGGAUCAAAUUGUAGUCAAACCAUAGGUUGUUUUGCAUCAAAAGGGGAAGUUAAAGGUGUAAUAAUAGCACAGCUUGUUUUAAAAGCAAUAUCACUUAUAAAGAAUAUUGGAUUAUAUGUUGAUGGUAUAAUAUGUGAUGGUGCUACUACAAACCGUCGUAUGUGGACAGAGUUUGGAGUUGAUGGGACUAAAGAUAAUUUAAAGAAUUAUUUCAAACACCCAAUUGACCCAAGCCGCAAAGUCUACGUGUUAUCUGAUUUUGUACACUUAUUUAAAUGUGUCAGGAAUCGGUUACAUAAUAAUAAAUAUUUAAGGCUUCAUCCUAAUUCAAAACAAAUUUCCUGGGACUACUUUAAAGUAGUGUACAAAGAAGAUAUAAAACACCCAGGAAAUUUAAGAAUAGUACCUAGGAUAACACCACAGCACCUAGAUUUGACUCCAAUGGCAAAAUAGCGAGUUCGCUUAUGUACCCAGGUACUAAAAAAUGAAAUUUAUCAAAAUAUUGUAUUUUAAAUUAUAAACAGUUAUAAUAUUAUCAAAUAAUAUUUUAUUUUUAAACUUGAAUCAUUAUUAUUUUAA